UUUGGAGGUGUUGAGAAAUUGUGAUGCGGAGUCUUUGGUACGCAAAAUAGAAACAUCUUUAUAAAUAUUUACACCAAAAAACAUUAUCAUACCUCAAGCGAAUUAAAAGUUAACGCGGUAAUUGAAAAUUAAAGUUUUCUAGUGUUCUAAGCUAGAUUACGUUGCCAAACUUUGACCGGUAAACCCAUAAGUCUGAUAAAAAACAUUGGAACAAAGGGAUCUCCAGUGAAUUAACAUAAACUAAACAUAACAGAAAAGGAAAAGAUCACUCAAAAUGUCCCUCUACCCAUCGCUCGAAGACAUGCAAGCGGACAAGCUGCUGCAGUCACAGAAUGCUGCUAUCGCAACUGCCGCAGAGGCCCAGCGUCAAUACCACCAAGCAUCUGGAUACCAAGAUGCCCCGCCACCAUACUCAACAAAUCCUUAUCCACAAUUGAAUGCUAUGCAGCCUGCUACCGUGAAUGAGAAGGAUGCUACAAACAAGGCGGAUGGUUUCUUCUAUCCUGAUUUGGCAGAUUAUAUGGGAUUAGAACUGAACCGUGAGGUGAUCGCUGCUAAUAUGCCAGAGUAUUUAAAUCGCGAAGGACGUGUCGCACGUUAUCAAGCCGAGGUAUCUCCGGUCGCGAAUGUCAACGGUGCUCAAAUGGUCGCACCGAUCUCCGCUGGCUCCGUUGGACUACAACGAGGCCAAGUUACCAAUGGAAUACGUGAGUUGAUCCUUUGCAAAGGUACAGACAAAAAGGUUGGUCUCCGUGCACAGGCUAUUAACAAGGGAGUGUUUGUGGCCUUGGUAGUCAAGAACAGUCCUGCUGCUAUGGCUGGCCUCAGGUUUGGAGAUCAAAUUCUGCAAAUCAAUGGAACCAUUGUGGCCGGGUUCUCGGACGAUGAUGUUCAUAAGCUACUAAAAAAGAGUGCCAGCAACAACAUAUCGCUAGUGGUACGAGAUCGACCCUUCGAAAGGUCAAUUACCCUCCACAAAAACAGCUCAGGAAAUAUUGGCUUUCAAUUUAACAAUGGUACAAUCACUGCGAUUGUGAAGGAUUCGUCGGCUGCCCGUAAUGGGCUUUUGAUUGAUCAUCAAAUUCUGGAAAUAAAUGGACAGAAUGUGAUUGGUUUGAAGGACAAGGAUAUUUCACAACUGAUUAGUGCUGGUGGACAGGUUAUAACCGUAACUAUUAUACCCAGUAUUAUCUACAAUAUUAUGAUGAAAAAGCUUCCGUUUUCGUUUAUCAAAGGCAAAAUGGACCAUUCAGUACCAGACUUUUAAAACACUGAAUAUUUCAAAAAUCAAACAUGAAACCACAGUCGUUAUAUCCACUUUAGUAGUAAUAAUAUACUAUUCAACAAUGAAAAUAUGUUAUACGUUUUAAGGGACACAUAUAAUUCUACUUAUUAGAACAAAUGCGACAAAGAUUUACAAACUUUGCACGCAGUGUAAAGUAAUAAUGUUAAUGUUAAGGUAUAACCCAUAUGAAUUUUUAAAUUUCAGUCAACUUUUAUACCGUAUUAGCUGUAGAAAAUUCUACAGGCAUUUCUAUGGUUCGAAAUAAAAUUCCAUAGUU